AUGACAGAACGCCUCAUCGCUCACAGGGCGACGCAAUCUGCGAAGUGGAAGGUGCACUGGCGAACGCCUUCAGUUAUCGUGUUUUCUUUCAUUUUUGGUGUCCUGCUCGCGCUUGCACAGCACUUCUGGUAUAAGUUCCUGCAUCACCGACCUACGUACGACGAGGAUGAGAAGUUCCGCUGGGUGUUGUACGGACGCGCAUUGGCAUAUCUGUCAAAAGUAGCCUUUGGAGGGUGUUGCAUUAUCGUCUUUCGUCAACGCAUCUGGAGGACAUUCCGGCAACGGGCACUAUCCGUGUUGUCUAUCGAUCAGCUUUUCGGUGCCUCGGACGACCCCUCUCUCUUCAUCAACUGGGAGACCAUCUCGAAUGCCCCGGUCGCUGUUGCGAUUGCUAUUGUAUUCUGGUUGAUACCGCUUGCAACCAUAAUCUUUUCGCCUGGUGCGCUGACCUUUGGUGAUUACCUGGAGACUAAGUCUAUCAACCGUAGUGUUCCUCACAUCAACUUUACGCAGGAGGCAACGAAGGAUUGGCGUUACCCGGUAGCCUAUAAGCCUCCUGAGGAUGACCUCCUUACGCCAGGCGGAAACAAAAGAUCACUGAUGUAUUACAAUACCACCGACAAGUCUGCCACAACCCCCGACUGGUUUGACUACUACGACCAACCCUCUGCCGAGCUCAAAAGAGUGGCACUUUUGUUCAGCUACAACCUCAUGAAUCAUUCCACGCAUAGACUAAAUGCACGGCAUUUUGUUUGCGGAAAGGCUGACGGAGGGGCACCAUUUAAUUGCACCUAUAUGCAGAUAUUUGUUGCUCCAGCUUACAAGUGCGAUUUGGUAGCCGAUGGCAUUGGCGAUGACAGCCGACUGGCUGAACUCGGGGCUCCUUUCAACACAUCGGCAUUACUGCCCGUGGGUCGUAACGCAUAUCAGGCCGAAGUGCAGCUCGGCGAUUACAAGCAACCUCAGAUGGCGAAUUUCCAAAAAGGCACAGGAGGCAUCCCUAUGGGGGAGAUCCCAGCCGACCUGGGAGUUUUCAAGGCGGAACCUGUCCUCUGGAUUGGAUGGUCGACUAAUUCGACAGUACCAUUAGCAUCCGACUCACCUCACCGACAGAACUGGACUCAUCGCUUCGAUCCUCACAUCACCCGAUGUGUCAUGAACGAAGCCAAGUACACGGUCAUGUGGAACUUUACUGGGCCUUAUUUCAUGGCGAUGUCGAAGAUGGAAUUCCUGGGUCCUAUCAUAGACACCAAUUUCACGCGCAAUGGGGACGGGACACUCAACUACACGAUGGAUCCAGUCCCAGCCGAGAACUUCGUCAGGCCGCUCCCAGACGUUGGUCUGUACAAAAAGAUUGCAGCCUACCAUGCCAUGGGAGAUGUGCUCCGUCAGUUCCUUCGCGGUAGUAUCGAGUUGGAACCUCCGCUACCAGGCCCUCCAUAUGCAGUAGUCUCCUCGGAUGUGACCAAGACACGCUUAGUCGGCGUCGACAGUCUGCCGAAGAAGAACUUUGGCAAGGUACUGGAGACAUUCUUUGCCGAUCUGGUGCUUUCGCUAUACUCGACCCCCGAGAUGCUGGUUGUCGACGUCCAAGAAGUGCAGAUGACGCGCACAAGGUGGCAAUCGUCGUUUGUCUAUGUGCCGGUGCGGUUGUGGACGUGCUAUGCUCCUGUCAUCUUCGUGACAUUCAUCAUUCUUCUGUUCGGCAUGUUCACAAUCUGGCAGGACGGCACAACAUUCUCGACUGGGUUCUCUCGCAUCUUGGUCACCACACGGAACACGACCCUGGAUGACAUCAGCCGCGGUGCUUGCUUGGGCAACGAUCCGUUCCCGAUGGAGCUCAUGCACACGCGGUUGAAGUUUGGAGUGCUGAAUGAGGGGAGCGAGAACGAGUUCAUGGGUACCGAUGGCUUCCAGCAUUGCGCUUUUGGAGUCGAGUCGGAGAUUGCACCGAUCAAACGGGGCGUGCCGUACGCUGGUCUCCGGCGGCGGAAGCAAGUUCUCAAUGUAAUCUGA